UGCUGCCGUUUACCUGGGCGCCAGCAGCGGCGGCGGCGGCGGCUGUUAUGGAUGGGGAUACCCUCUUUGCUCCUCAUCCUCUGCCCUACUCUGUGGAGGGCUUGCGCCAAGAGUGAGGCGGGGGUGCCUGGGGAGGGAGGAGGGGGCGCAGGAAGGCGGCGUGUGACAGAUGCAUCUACUCUGACAGCUCCCGGGCUCAGCCUAGUGGCUCCCUGCCAUUGGCUCAGUGCAGUGGAGCGGCAAGGCUGCGCACUAUAAUAGCGCCAUGCCUGUGAGAGGCAGCUGCUCAGACUCCUUCGGCAAAGCUACCGAGAUGCCGCUGCCGAGGCUGCCGCUCCGCCUCCUCCUCCAGCUAGCUCUGCGCUGAGCCUCAGAGAGAGAGAGAGAGAGAGAGAGAGAGAGAGAGACUGUGGUCACUCAGUGCCUGCCGGCUCCCGUUGUUGCUGAGCUGCCCUGCCGCUGGGUCUCUCUCCCCGCCCUGCGGAAAGGAGGGAGAGUUGGGCUGCUGCUGCUGCGAUCGCUUUAGUGGGAGAGAUCAGCCGAAGGGGGAGCAGUACAUGCCGCCUGUGUGCGUGGCUUGGCUCACUUGGGUCUCCCCUCUUCCGCCCCAGCGCCACUUUCUCCUUCUUGCACCGCCAAGCCCGGCACUCCACCCCAUCCCGCGCCUGGUGCCGGGCUGAUCUGGCGCCCUUGGGGUGCAUGGACAAGGCUGCAGCCGACGAGGCGGCUGCCCCAUGGAGUGUUAUUACAUUGUCAUCAGCUCCGCGCACCUCAGCAAUGGGCACUUUCGCAACAUCAAGGGAGUUUUCCGAGGUCCUCUCAGCAAGAACGGCAACAAAACUCUGGAUUACGCUGAAAAGGAGAAUACCAUAGCCAAAGCUCUGGAAGACCUUAAAGCCAACUUCUAUUGUGAACUUUGCGACAAACAGUAUUACAAGCAUCAAGAGUUCGACAAUCACAUUAACUCCUAUGACCAUGCUCACAAACAGAGACUCAAGGAGCUAAAGCAGAGAGAGUUUGCACGGAACGUAGCCUCCAAAUCCAGAAAAGAUGAAAGGAAACAGGAAAAGGCCCUUCAACGGUUACACAAGUUAGCUGAACUCAGAAAAGAAGCAGCGUGUGCUCCAGGGAGCGGCCCUAUGUUCAGAUCCACAACUGUUACCAUCCGAGAUAAUUUUAACGAAAUCCCUCCAAGUGCUGCCAUCAGCUCGGCUAAGAAAGAGCAAGAGUUUGACUUGGCAUUAUUGCACAGCUCAAAGGCUGCUGGCAAUGUGGCAUCUGUGGCUUCUUUCUCACUGGAAAGUGCAAAUGACAGCAAGCCAGACAAUAACAAGCUUGGGGAUCAAAUACAGGGACCCCAUGGACAUAAAGUGGGAUUCUCAUUUGCUUUCCCCAAGAAAGCAUCAGUCAAGCUAGAAUCCUCAGCUGCUGCUUUCUAUGAGUAUAAUGAUGAAACAUCUGCUGAGCAUGGAAUUAGCAGGAGAAGUCGGUUUGUUCCUGGGCCUUCUAAUCUUCAGGCUUCCUCAGAGGAAGAAACCAUUCUGUGCUCUGAGGAGAAACCUAGCUCUGUGGUUCCACUGAUGGAAAAACAUGCCGACAAAACAGAACCUACCCCAGUUCAGGACUUAAAUGAACCACCCAGUGAGGAGAAUAUAGUCCAGGAGGCUACAGCAUUAAGUCCCCCUGUGGCUCCUUUGAAAGAGUCUGGGCUUAGUGAUUUGGAUAGUGUUUAUGGUAAUGUGGAUUCAGCAACCUUGACUGAUGAAACCCUCUCCAGAGUUGCCCUUGGGAACCAAGCCGUCCCUGCAGAAAGCAACAGUGAUGAGAACACAGGAAACAAAUGCACAGGUUUCCCUGUCAGUGAAGAUUGUUUAUCACAGCAGGAAAUCCAGGAAGAAAAUGAUCAGAACCUUGGUAGCGAUUCACCCACCACUGAAAUUGAAAUUAAAAAAUCAUCCACUGAUGGACAGAUUCCAGCAAAUUCAGAAGGGGAAACGAUAGCUUUGCCUUGCAAACAAGACUCACAAAAAAGACCCUGUGAGCCGUUUGUUCCUGUGUUUAACAAACAUGGAUCAAGCAUUCUUCAGUGGCCAUCUGAAAUGCUAAUUUACACAAACACAGAACCAUCUAUUUCAUAUAGCUGUAAUCCCUUAUGUUUUGACUUCAGAUCAUCAAGAUCAGGCGAAUGCCUAGACAAAAAUAAGCUUCAAUCAAAUACAUCUAAUUCUCCCCAUAAGACUGAAAUCACCCAGGGCUUGGUUUUAGAUUAUACAAAUACAUCUCUUUCAGUGCAUGCUGAUUGUGCAACUGACACGAAUGCACAUCCAUACAAUGAUACAAUGUCAGUUACAACAGAUGUUUCUUUAGCAGAAGGUUGUGAUUCUGAUGAAAAACCAGAAAAAAUAGGCUUCGAUGCUUUGCAGAAGUCAGGGGGAAAAGAAACCCCGCACCAAUGUAUACAAGAGAGCUCAUCCACUGAUGAACAACAAAACAACAGCUGGAUCAAAAGAACACAUGAAAAGUGCUUUUAUAAAAACCGAAAGAGGAAAAGGAGGAGAAAGCUAUGUUAUUACCAUUAUGGAGUAACGACUGAGGCAGGUACUGAAAUUUCUCCAAUUGUUGAACAGCAAAGUAAUUUGGCUGAUGCUGAUAAACGUCAGAAGCCUCAUAAUAUUCUGGAACAAAGCCUCGGUGAACAUGGAGUGGGAGAUUCGAUAGCAGAAGUGUUACAACAGUCAUCUGAAACUCUUGGGGCUGAGAACAGUGACCACGGUAGAAACAUAUCUAUGUCUACACAUGUUUGUGAGAACCAAAGUCCAGACUCAGUUUGCAACACAAAAGAUGAUAUGGAUUAUUGCAAUCUGUGGAGGAGGAGCAAGCCAGUUUCUCACAGACAAUCAAAGCAAGCAGGUUUGAAUCCCGGAAUAUGCAAUUCAGUGCACUCUAGAGCAUUUUGUACUUGGAGUAUUCGAAGAUCAAGCAGUAGUCCAGACCAUAAACACUUUGGCCAUUAUCCUGAUGAAAAAUGUGUGGCUCAGACACAGCCUUUAAAGAGAGCCUAUCAUUCUCUCUUAGAUGAACCAGAGAGAUCUCAUCGAAAACGAAAGCAUCAUAUGCACUCUUGUUCAUCAGAUGAAAGUUCAAAUGCUCAGAACUGCUUCUCAGAAGAGAAUUUGAGGCGAACAAGUAACUUAUCAACACCUUGUAAACCCAAACGGAAACGAAGGAGAAAGAGAACAAGAAUUCAUCAUGUGUUUAAAAAGAGGGCAACACGAAGGGAUUCCAGUGUCAAGUCCCCAACAGGGGUCUCUGUGUUCAAUAAUCCUCCCCAAAUAUCGACUCAAGAUAACACGCAGCAAACACAACCCCCGCCCAUCACAAACUAUGCAAAUAAUGAUGAAAAAACAGUACAACCAGUGGAAAGCCAAACAGCCCCGCAAUCUGAACAUUUACUUUCAUUAGAAAAUAUCCAAGGAUCAAACUGUUCUGUUACAGAGAAUGCUCCAUCUCUGAAGGAAUUCAUAUAUUCUGCUUCUCCUAUUACUGAACAGAGUGUUCUGGCAAUGGCGAAACCCAGGAAUAUGCUGGAAGAGGAAGAAAAACAUGAACAUGUGAGUGUUCCUGAAAGCCAAGCUCCUAAUAAAGUGCCCAGUACUGAAAGAAACCUAGAUCAGCCUCCCCCUAAGACAUAUCUGUGCCAUUAUGAAGUGGCUGAGACUGUACCACAAGAGAAACUAAACCCAUCCGCCAAUGAAUGGCUGCGGUAUAACCCGGGCAUAUUUAAUACUGCUCCUACUUUGCCCUUUAAAGAAGCACAUAUAAACAGCCAUGCUUUCUUAACCACAGAACAAAUACUCACCCCAUUCACCUUGCCUGAACAUGCACUGCUCUUGCCCCCAGAAAACCACGACAAAUUCAAAGAUCUUCAGUGUGAGGCCUACCACCAGAUCUUCCAGCAAAACAUGCUAGCCAGCAAGAUGAAGCUGACCUUCCCUCCCGCUGCAAUCCAGCCUCCCAAUGCUCCUCUGCAGCCCUUGCCUUUGCAGCAGCCACUAUGUUCUACCUCGAUCACCACAAUCCAUCACACUGUUUUGCAACAGCAGGCAGCAGCUGCCGCUGCUGCUGCCGCUGCAGCAGCAAGUACAUUUAAGGUCCUUCAGCCUCACCAACAGUUCCUUUCGCAAGUCCCAACUCUUUCACGGACACCUUUACCUCACCUGUCUGUUGGGCCAAGGCUUUGUCCUGCAGGCCACACAACGAUUGUUGGUCCACCCCAAAUGCCACUCAUCCCAGCUUCAAUUCUUCACCCCAACCAUUUUGCUUUCCCCCCUUUGCCACACACACUGUUUCCCUCACUCCUGUCACCACACCCUGCAGUCAUUCCUUUGCAGCCACUCUUCUAGGCCCCAAGUUGACCUGUUAGAAACAAAAGGGCAGGCCUUCUGUUGAAUAUAUAUGGACGUAAUACUGGCACUGUUCAUCUGGCCUGUUGACAAAUCAUGCCACCAAUGGGCAAAGAUUAGGGGGUUACAAGAGCCUCCUCAUCCUAGAGCUAUUUGCUAUUGGCAAAACAAUGCAGAUAUUUAUAUGUAAAGUGCAGAUUCAUAAUAAAAUUAAAGCACUGAAAUAGUCUAAUACUAAUACAAAUGAUAUAUAUAGAUUAUAUAUAUAUAUAUGUACGUAUGUAUGAAUAUCAUGUCUUAAAAUGUUAAGAUGUAAAUAAAAUAUAUUUAUAGUACUGUAAGUUAGUUGUAAAGUAUACUCCUGGGUUUUUUUUAAAUUAUAUUUGUGUAUUUGCACCUAAGUAAUGUUUAGACAAAAGCUGAUGCACUAUGUUUUGUACAACAUAACCAUAAAUCUAGUGAGAAACUC